AACAUGGCGCCGGAAGAAAGAAUCACACCGAGCCGCGAAAACUGCGUUUAUACCCAAUGUUACUGUGAGGAAAAUGUUUGGAAACUCUGUGAGUUCAUCAGAACAGAGAGAACCGCACCGCUGGAACACGUCUUUGUGGUUUUCAUCUCUAAUGAGAACAGAACGGUUCCUCUCUGGAAACAGAAGUCAGGACAUGGAGACCAGCCAGUGAUCUGGGAUUACCACGUGGUUCUGCUGCAGGUCGACGGUCCAGAGAACUCUCUGAUCUAUGAUCUGGAUUCUGUGAUGUCAUUUCCCUGCAGCCUGAAACUGUACGCUGCCCACGCCCUGCGCUCCGACCGCGGCAUCAAACCUGCGUAUCACAGGCUGCUGCGUGUCGUACCUGCAGAGUCUUACCUGAGGAACUUCGCCUCUGAUCGAUCUCACAUGAGGAACCCUGACGGCUCUUGGAAGAUGCCCCCCCCACUGUACCCUCCCAUCCACACCACAGAGUGUCAGAUGAACCUCGAUGACUUCAUCAACAUGGACGCCGCCGGCUGGGGGAGCGUCUACCGGCUGCACCACUUCCUGUCCCGCUACGCCUCCUCUUCAUCAUCAUCAUCAUCUCCAGCAGCUUUGACAUCAUCGUAGCUGUGACAUCAUCGGAGCUGUGACAUCAUCGGAGCUGUGACAUCAUCGGAGCUGUGACAUAAUCCGAGCUGUGACAUCAUUGGAGCUGUGACAUUGGAGCUGUGACAUCAUCGGAGCUGUGACAUCAUUGGAGCUGUGACAUUGGAGCUGUGACAUCAUCGGAGCUGUGACAUCAUUGGAGCUGUGACAUUGGAGCUGUGACAUCAUCGGAGCUGUGACAUCAUCGGAGCUGUGACAUCAUUGGAGCU